CUCGUUACAAAUCUAGCGGAAGUUUGUAUAAUAUUGAGACCUGAAAAGUUAUUUUAUAUUAUCAGCAUAAUCUUUGAGCUUAACCAAAAAAAAAUAGUGAAGAUGGUAAAAUUGUUGAAAAAAGUACUAUGCCUAGGUCUUCGCAAUGCUGGUUUAGUUAUUGGAGGUUUAGAAGUCGUGGAAUCUGUUUUGAUGUGCUUUCUUUUGGGUUCUAUAGUAUCAAAUUCAGAUAUGUUCGCUGAACAGCUGAGAGAUUCUUGGAUUCCAGAAAAUGAGGAUAAAAAAGAAAUAUUCCGCGUGGCUGUGGUCGUUUUCGGUAGGAUCUACCUAGUGGAAACCGUUAUCAAUGGUGUACUGUCAGUUUUGCUUAUCUCCGGUAUUAGGAAGGUAAGGCUGACGUCAAAAAUUUUGUAUUUAUUUAACCGAGUUUUUACUUUAAUUGAAACCCAGAAACGCCAUUCAAUGAUAUUGCCUUGGUUGAUCCUGAAUGCAAUUGACAUUUUUGUCAGCGUUGUGACAUUAGCAGUUUUUUUUUGUGGCAUGUGUGAGAAUAUAAUGGGUUUUUGGUUUUUUGUUCUUCUCAAAGUAUUAAAAUUGGCACUCUACUCCUACAUUCACUUCGCUAUCUACUCACUGUAUAUAAAAAUUAAAAUGAAUGAGGAUACCAAACAUUCAGAAGUAGAGUACACUGUAGCAGAUUCGCAUUAAAUCGUUUCUCCAUUUCCCAUCUAUGGUAAACUUUGGAAAAAGAUAGU